AUGGAGCGCUUUGGCCGCUCCCACACCCAUUCCAAACGUCCGUCUUGUCCUCCCUCGUCCUCCACCCAGACUCCCUUCCGCCUCGAUGAAGGCUUUUCAGAAGACACGUCCAGUCAGGAAGAAAAUGGGCGCAAUGGGUUCGCUGCCACGGCCGCGCAGUUUCAAGAAUGGGUCAUGGCUCAGAACGAAGACACGCGGGCAGAUAUUGCCUACGAGGUCUUGCGCACGCUUCGAACCUCCAAGAUCGCGGCAGUAGUGGACCGGUUGACUCCUUUGCUAUACAUGGAUCCGUUGGAAAAGUUGCCGCCCGAGAUCACCUCCGAGAUCUUUUCCCACUUGGAUGCCCAUACCUUGGUCACAGCCUCGCUUGCAUCACGGACCUGGCGGGCACGGGUCAUGGAUUCCAAGCUGUGGCAAGACCUCUACAAGGGCCAGGGCUGGGGUCUCAAUAUGGCUGAGAUCAGGCAGUUUGACAACAUCCAUGCGUCCGGGGGCCGAGCCGUGUACAAAAAGGGUUACCGAGGCCAACCUUUUGGCCAGCGUCAACCGAAGAAGCGCGCCACUUCGGGCUGGAUGGAUUCCAGAGGCCGCAAAAUGUCGGCCGAUGUGGCUCAGUGGCGUGAACAACAUAGUGUCAUCGAGGCAGAUACGGACAUGCAAUCGGACUCGGACGAUCAAGAGAUGCAAGAUGCUCCGAGUCCCGCCCACCAUUCGCUCCUGCGCCCGAACAAAAGGCAGAGCCAGGACUCCAGCGAUGAGAUGGAUUACAGCUCUUCGGAGUUGACAGACGGACAGGACAAGCGGAGAAGACAGCCUGUACACACUCGCGAUCCUCCUUUCAAGUCACGGUUGGCGAUACCAGAUUCCCAUGGCGGAGAACGUCUCAACUGGCACCAUCUGUACAAACAGCGCCAGAAGCUGGAGCAGAAUUGGAUUAAGGGCCGAUAUACGACGUUCCAACUUCCUCACCCUUUUUAUCCAAGCGAAGCUCACCGAGAAUGUGUGUACACGAUCCAGUUUUUUGGAAAAUGGUUGGUGAGCGGCAGUCGUGACAAGACCUUGCGAGUCUGGGAUCUUGACACCCGACGGUUACGCGGAAAGCCGCUUGUUGGCCACUCCCAGUCUGUCCUGUGUUUGCAAUUCGAUCCCACCCCAGACGAAGAUAUCAUCAUCUCGGGCAGCAGUGAUUCCAGCGUGAUCAUCUGGCGCUUUUCCACGGGAAAGAAGAUCUACGAAAUCCCGUCCGCCCACGAGGAGUCAGUGCUUAAUCUGCGAUUUGACAGUCGAUAUCUCAUCACUUGCUCCAAGGAUCGACGAAUCAAAAUAUGGAACCGCCGACCUCUGGUUGCUACGGAUCGGGACUAUCCUAAGAUCAGCCGAAACAGUACGGCACGCGUGCCGACCUAUAUCGUCGACACCAGUGAUAUUGAACCCUCGCUCUUGGAAGCAAGAAUGGCCAAUGGCACUGUCCGAGCCCUGAAACCAUAUAUGCUCCUGUUGACCCUAGUAGGUCACAGUGCUGCCGUCAACGCGAUCCAGAUCAACGGUGAUCUGAUCGUUUCUGCGUCCGGCGACAGACUGAUCAAAGUGUGGAGUACCAGGGACGGGAGAGUCUUGAAAACAUUACAAGGGCACCAAAAAGGCAUAGCAUGCGUACAAUUCGAUAGUAAGCGGAUUGUUAGUGGCAGCAGUGACAACACUGUCAGGAUCUAUGACCCCUACUCCAGCGCAGAGGUUGCUGAGCUGAAAGGACAUACCAAUCUUGUCCGCACUGUGCAGGCUGGAUUCGGCGAUAUGCCUGGGGCCGAGGAAGUGUACGAUUAUGAAGCCAGAGAAGCCGAGAGAAAGUACCUGGAAGAUUUGGACAGUGGCUUGAUCGUCGAAAACCGAAAAUACAAUCGCGACGUCCGGAAUGGUGACUAUGGGUCGUCGCGACUUGCAUUGGGUGCCAAACUGCCACCUGGAGGGGGCGGCAGUAAAUGGGGGCGGAUCGUGUCUGGGUCUUAUGAUGAAUCCAUCAUCAUCUGGCGGAAGAACGCUGGUGGCGACUGGUACAUUGGGCACGUGUUGCGCCACGAGCCCGUUACUCGAGAGAUGGCUGGCCGAGCAAGACAGCGUCCAAAUCAACAAGCCGCUGCUCAGAAUGUUUCCCAGCCGGCGUCGAAUCACCCCGUCACGGCUUCAGUUGCUCAAGCAGGUCAAGCAGGUCAAGCCAAUCUCAACGCCACCAGCCACGGCCCUGCAGGAGCUGCUCACCCGGCAAUCAUGUCUGCAUCACAGAUUGUCCAGCAAACUGUAGGCACCUCUAUUGCGAGUCUCGGGGCCGGUAUCUCCAAUGUCAUGGGCAUCAACCGAGUCCUAAAUGCCCCUGGCAAUGCUCCGAACAACCCUUCCAAUCUCACGACGCAGAACUUCACUUCGAGUUUGACGGCCGCCGGUGGCUCACAAGCGUUGACCCAAGCUGUCGUGGCUCACACGCAGGCUGCUGUGAACCAAGCCGUGCAGCAAGCUUUGGCUCAAGCCGGAGGGCAACAGGCUCGAGCACAAAGCGCAUCACAGCAACCGCACCAUCAACAUCAGGCGGCCGGCCCUGGUGUAUCGAAUACCAACAACCAUCAGGCUCAUACUCAUACCCAUGCUCAUAAUCAUGCUCAUGCUCAUGCUCAUGCUCAUACCCUUCCACAGCAUCAACAAAAUGCGCUUCCACCUCAUAAUUCCCAGGCCCAUCCUCAAGGACAAGGUGUUCAGCAACAGCAGCAGCAGCCGCAGCAGCAACAUCAGCAAGCGGGCCACACUCAAGGCCAGCAGCCACAGCCGCAUACUCCGGGAUCUCGAGUUUUCAAGCUUCAGUUCGACACGAGACGGAUAGUAUCAUGCUCACAGGACAGUCGGAUCGUCGGGUGGGAUUUUGCCAACGGAGAUGCCGAGAUUAUCGAGGCCAGCCGAUUCUUUUCUGGGCCUUGA